UUUUAGUGAUACCAUGUUAUUUCCCUCGAUUCCCCUCGAUUUCUCCAGGAUCCCAUCAUCAGAUCCUAACAUUAUUACAAUAGAACCAAUUGAAAAGCAUACCCUCUGAAACGAAAAAAUAAUUUUUCAAAUCGGUUCAGGCGUCUUCGAGUAAUCGGUGAACAUACAUAAAAAAAAGAUUCCGACGAAUUGUCAUUAUAGAUACGUUUUUCAAAACAGUUUUUUUUACUUUUUCCUAAAAAUCUUACGUGUCCGCCACUAGGGUACUUCCUUCUACAAGAUUGUCUUCUUCCUAGAAGUCAGAAAUAAACAAUUUAUAUUCUAUCCAAGUUCCUAUUCCAUAUAUGUAGCACUUUAUUAGUUUGCUAUUAAGUACUGUCCAUUGUAUUAAUGUUAGCGUUGUUGCAAUUUAACAACAGACGUGUUGGCGUUCCCCAAGGGAGUGUCUGUGGUUUGAUUUUUUUUAAUAUAUAUAAAUUCAUGUUUGUUAAGUGUUUAUAAAGAUGUCGGAUAUGAAUGAGUGUACGAGUAAGAUCUGGUCUAGAUUUGAAGCGAAGAAGCAGGAUGGCAGUGUUAUUAAACUAAGAAUACAAAGUUGGCAAUUACAAUCCAAAGAUGAUGUUUACGAAUUUAUUUUGAAACAUUUUGUUUCCGGUGAAGCAAUUCAUAAAGCUGCAGGCAUAACUAGAAAUCCAGAAGCUUUGAAGGAAUACGGGGAACUAUUGGACCUGCAUUUCAAAGUUGCCCCACUCUGCGCCGAAGUGUGUUGUGUUGACAAUGAUGGAACUACUGUUGACCAAAUUCUGGGUGUGUCGAUGACACAGCUCAUGACAAAUACACAAAAAUUAGAGGAUAUAACUAAAGAGUUGGACCUUAAAACGGCAGAAAUACAACAAUUACUGCACGCAGCGAAAGUACUAGAAGGCUAUCUUCAGCCUCAUAUAAGCAGCUACAAUACAUUUUAUUUUGGUAGGGGCCUCAUCGUACAUCCAGAAUAUAGAAAAUUAGGAAUAGCCAAUGAGUUUAUUAAAGUAAGAAAGUUGGUUUGCAUCGCAAAUAAUGUCCCUAUGACAUGCGCCGGUAUGUCAGCGGUGGGUAGCCAAAAGGCGGCUGAAAAGAACAAUUGGAAGACCUUCGUAGAUAUACCUAUAGACGAACUCGAGAAGAAUACUGGACUUGUAUUCGAAAAGGACUCCAUCUUGAAUCACAACAUAAUGUACACAACGACAGAGUAGCAUGGAAAACAAUUGGAUCUGAUUUAUGAAAUCUUGUAGUACAUAUGUCAUUUCAUACUUAAGCUCUAUUAUGAUAGGUGUCCACAUAUCCGCAUCGUACGUAUCUGAUGCAUCGUGUCAAACGGGUAUUCAAUUUCACGGUCUUUCUAUAUAAAGAAUAUUACAAUCCGUUUGAUGUGAUGCGCCCGAUACGUCCGAUGCGAUGAUAUGUGAACGCUUACCAUUAAGGGACGGUUUCACUGCCUUUUGAUAAGUGUCGGUUAUUUACAUGUUUUGUCUUUGUCAUUUGACAUGUAUUAAGAAAGUGACAAAGCUUACGUU